UAAGUCUCUGCAGUGCUCUGACUGAGCGACAGCGACACAGAUUCGGGGAUACUCGGGGCUGCUCGGAGAAGAACAUCUCAACCAGGGGCUGGAUUUUACAUCAAAUAAAACCCACCAGACAUUUAGAGACUUGGUGCGGUGUCCCACGUUAGAAAUAUAUAAUUCUGUUUUUUUAAACCUUUUUUUUAAAGACGAUUUUAACACGGCGUAAUCAAAUGCAUUCUGCAUUAUUGCCUGGGUAAUUUUUUUAUCUGCGGAUAUUUUGGUUUUCCGCAAGAUAGUUUUUACUGCGCUCCUUUAAAUAGGAGCUAUUUUUUUUUCUCCAAAUAACUAUUUUCUAUUUCGAAGAAAACUGGAAACCCGUCGGGUCGAGGAGGAGCUUCAGAAUUUCUCUCAGCUGGGAGACAAGAAUAAUAUGUCCAGGCGAAAACAGACCAACCCUUUCAAAGUUAAUUGGUCUUUCCCCUCGGUAGGGCUGGCUGGCCCAGAGCACUCGGUGGCAAUGGAGGGAAGAGCAGAUUUCACAGAGGACAGCGAGAGCCUCAGCAACAACUCCCAUGAGGCCGAUGAACAGGACACCGUCUCGGAGGAUAGCGACAGUGACCAAGAUAAUCCUGAUUCAUCUUCCAACACGUCCACUGAUGACACCCUUAUGUCCCCGAAGUGUGGCCCUUCUGACGGGGACAUGAAAGAGGAGUGCAAUGGGGGCAAUGAUUUGAAUAAUGGUUACAUAUGCCCGCUGUGUCAUGUGGAGUGUGGCAACCCGGAGCAGCUCAUUGCACACGUCUACCAGCACACGACUAUGCUUGGAAGCAGUAAGAGCUACGUGUGCCCGGUGUGUGGGCGAGCUCUGAGCUCACCCGGCUCUCUGGGGAGACACCUCCUUAUCCACUCUGAGGAUCGCCUCUCAAACUGCGCAGUCUGUGGAUCCCACUUCACUGACAUGAACAACUUCAACAGGGAGAAGCUACGAGACUUCCUCAACUCUGAGAACAGCAACAGCAAAGGGGGCUCUUCUCUAUCCCAGCCACUUCCAGACCUGAACCCAAAUCUCAUACCCAACCUCGCCUCCUCCAUCGCUCCGCUCCCUACUCUCCCUCAGCUACCUCCUCUCCCAUCGCUCCCUUCACUCUCAGACAGCCUGAACUCUCCAACACCCUCCCUCCCUCUGCUUCCAGAUAUCUUGAAUCCGGGGCCUGUCUACCCAGCUGGGGUCCUGUUGGUCUGCAACAGCUGUGUGGCGUACCAGAAUCUAGUGGAGGUCCAGUCAUCCUCCAUGAGGAAGUGGGCGGUCCGGAGGCAGAACGAACCCAUGGAGUCGAGGAUGCACCGCCUGGAGAGAGAGCGGGAGGCCAAGAAGAGCAAGCGGGCCAAGGAGUCGCCUGAUGAACGUGAGCUGCGCAGGCUGAGGGACCGCGAGUCCAAGCGCCUCCAGAGAAUGCAGGAGACGGAGGAGCAGAGGGCACGCAGGCUUCAGCGGGACCGGGAGGCUAUGCGGCAAAAACGAGCCACCGAGACUCCUGAAAAGAGGCAGGCCCGGCUCAUCCGGGAGAGGGAGGCCAAACGGCUUAAACGGAGGCUGGAGAAGAUUGACCCCACUCUGCGGACGCAGAUUGAGCACGACCCUGCAGCGAUGGCGGCUCUUACUGCCGACAUGAACCUCUUCCCGUUCCCCAUGCCCUGCCCGAGUCUAGACAACAGCCUCUUCAUGAAACUGCCCUAGCACGGAAAAGGGUUUGAAGCCGCUCCCCACCUCUGGUUGAAUCUAGCCACAAAACUGGUUCACAAGAAAGGGAUAAAAGGAUUUUAUGAUUCCUUCUGUUGGACCAACAAAGUGAAUGAGUUGCUGCACACUACACUAAUAAAAACUCAGUAGCUUGUGUACUACUGUACUGUACGGUACCUCAUUCAAUUUCAAUUUAUUUUGAGAAAACUGGAGCAUAGCCCCUUCUGUCCUUAGUUACUGAACUAAAGGGACGUGAAGAGGUAAAAUUAGCAACAGAAUCAAUUAACCCAUCUAUGUGUAAAGGAUUGUACAGCAUUAGAAUUGACUUGUGCUGAAUUUGACCUUGAAGGAUACAAAAUCAUUUCUGCAUUUGAAUUUAAACAACCUUAGUUGGCACGACUAAUUACUGUAUGUUGAAGUGAAUGAGAAGUUGUAAGAUUUUAUUUUUUAUUUGUAUUAUUGCAAGGAGUGACGUGAAGACAACCUGAUGCAACAAAGUAAAAGUUAGCUUAUCAAGAAAUAGUGAUAAUGUUGACUGGAGUAGACUUUAAUUACUUGGACUUUGCAGACCAGUGACUGGAAGUCGCUGGCAGCUGUUAUCCGUGGCUUUGCCUCAGUGCCGAUAUGGGUUGAUAGCCGGUUUAUAUUCACUGAAUCAACUACCUCUGGAUCGGACUUUGCAGUGAUUUCACUGUGUAGUGACCUAAUUGGACUUAAGAGGGUGCAUUCACAAAGCCAGUGCCAGUAGGUGUACAGAAUUUCAAUUUUAAUUAAGUUCUUAAAAUGCACUAAAACAGAAACAGUUGGUGUAUAAGACUGUAUCGUUUUCUUCCAUAUUAAGGGUGCCACAAAGCUUGUUGUAGUAACACAAGUAUAAUACUUUAGCUUUGCCUUAGCUAAAUUUUUUUGGCAGGACUUGCAGAUUUGGAGACACCACAGUGUGAUGUGAUGUGAUAUAUAUGGCUCCCUUGAGAAAGAUAUGUACAACAUAUCGAAAUGUUGAG